CUGUGGGUCACAGCCUGUUCGCAUUACUCUGACCACAACUUAAGACGUCUGCAGUGGGCUGUGAGGAAAAGUAAAAGCCUGGUGUUUUCCCAUCCCCAGGUAACAGAAGCUCGGAAGCCUGACAACGUUCCAGCCACCUGAGUGGGCCCAGGGCAGGCAGCUGCCCAUGUGUCCCUUCCAGACAGGCUGCUCGCUAAAAUGAGGGAUCUUCUUCAGUACGUCGCCUGCUUCUUUGCCUUUUUCUCUACUGGGUUCUUGGUUGUGGCCACCUGGACAGACUGUUGGAUGGUGAAUGCUGACGAUUCCCUGGAGGUGAGCACAAAAUGCCGAGGCCUCUGGUGGGAGUGUGUCACGAAUGCUUUUGAUGGGAUCCGCACCUGUGACGAAUACGAUUCUAUCCUUGCCGAACACCCCCUGAAGCUGGUGGUAACUCGAGCAUUGAUGAUUACUGCAGAUAUUCUAGCUGGAUUUGGAUUUAUCACCCUACUUCUUGGUCUUGACUGUGUGAAAUUCCUCCCUGAUGAGCCAUACAUCAAAGUCCGCAUCUGCUUUGUUGCCGGAACCAUUUUACUAAUAGCAGGUGCCCCAGGAAUCAUUGGUUCAGUGUGGUAUGCUGUUGAUGUUUACGUGGAACGUUCUUCUCUGGUUUUGCACAAUAUAUUUCUUGGCAUCCAAUACAAAUUUGGUUGGUCUUGUUGGCUUGGAAUGGCUGGGUCUCUGGGUUGCUUUUUAGCUGGUGCUGUCCUGACAUGCUGCUUAUACCUCUUCAAAGAUGUUGGACCUGAGAGGAACUAUCCGUACUCCAUGAGGAAAGCCUAUUCAGCAGCAACUGUUUCCAUGGCCAAGGGGCUACCAUACGUAGCCCCUCGGACAGAGACUGCCAAAAUGUAUGCCGUGGACACGAGGGUGUAAAGUGCUACACGUCAGUCUGGGUGUACGUUACUGAAAUAAUCAAUAUGUUUGUGUUAAUCCAGGAACACUUAUUUAGACCUCAGUAUGUUCAACUAAAUCAAUUGCUCAGCUUAAUCAAGAAGUUUGACUCUCCCAACCCUGCUCCUUUUCUGUUAUUCUCAUAUUCCCCCUCCUCCUUCCCACCCCCCUCUUCCACACGCCCACACACACUUGCCCUGUAUUUUCAGAUACGGUUGCUAGGAUAUACAAAUGUUUGUUUGUGAUUUCUGGAUUGCUGUUAGAGAUUGUGACAUGGUGAUAUUCAAGUAAAAUGACACUUUAAGACUAGAAAGCAACCUUUGAAAGAGGCCAGGGAUUCUAAUCUUUGAAGGGAUUGACAGCCUCUUAGCAAAUUCCCUGGCUUUUGGUUCAUUCUUUGUGUUCUCAUCUGAUUGAGUUAUUUGAUAACUUUGAGGAAGAUGAUUCUUCAAAAUUUAAGCUAGUACCGCAAACCCUACCAUUACUCUGACCCUGUUAAAAUAGAAAAAAUAAAACAGCAGCUUCAUAUACCAGCCACUGGUGGAACGUAAAGAUAAGAAGUUUCAAACUGAGG